AUGCUUCACAGGGCAAAAGAAAAAACUACAAGUUAUAAGUGGCCAUUGCAGCGAGCUGUAAAUGACAGUCACAUGAGAUUUCAGUCUCUUGGCUUUUGUGUAAGAACUAAUUUCAAAAGUAAAAUCAUUAUUAGGAACGUUUUGUCUGUUGUCGCUAGAUUGUUUUUGAAAAAAAUAGUUCAAAAUCAAAAAGAAUUAGCUAUGACGGAGACAUAUAUAACAACCGAAAAUAUCAGGUGGUUUUCGGAAAUAACGUACUGCGAUGACAUUUUUAACUCAAGCGGACUCGUCAAAUGCAAGGAAUUCAACCCAAAACUUCAAGGCACAUUUCGCAACAACAAAUAUUUUGCUUGUAAGAUAAAAAUUAAGAAAUUAAAAAAUAAUGCAUAUUUUACCCAAAUCUUCUCUGUUACCCCUAAAAAACACCUUCUGGUCCCGAUUUUUACUGGUAGUCAGUCCCUAAUAUCCAUUUCUGCAUUAUUUCAUUGUUAUAAUUUAAUCAAGGCUUUAUAUAUUCAUCGAAUAGGUUUAUAUUAUCGUUCCUGCUUUAGGAACAUUAAAAAGGCUAAUCCAUCUUGUCUACGUUUAGCUUGUGAAAGCAGAAAAUUUGACUUCCAAGGUCUGUGUGGUGUUAAUUUUACAUUCCCAAUUAGUCGUGAUUUUAAAAAUAAUACGACUGUGAGUGAACGAGUGACGGCUUUUGAUGUUCAAGUAAUGAGAGUGUUAGAGAAACCACUCCGUAGGGAAGGGAAAUCAUUGUUUCAAAUGUACACAACUUUCUCCAUAUUAAAACUGGUGCUUCAAACGAAUUUUAAGGGUCUUUUGAGAAUAAAUUGUUCAAAAUCAAAAUAUACUUGUCAGGGACGAGAGGAAUUAAUUUGUGUGUCAUUAUACGCCUGUUCUGAAAGUUGUAUUAUUAAAAUAUUUUGA